UUUUUUUAUUAAACAAUAAUUUCAAGCAAAAAUAUUAUGGCUAGCAUAUGUUUUAUCAAAUUCCACGAUCUAAUAAAAAUAGGGCAAUAUAUUUCUAUUGGUCUGGAAAAGUCAAAACCCUCCACCCUACGGCAACUGCCGGUUCCACCACGAUUGUUCAGACUUGAGCCAAUGACUGUGACUUGAGACUCCCCCACAACCCAAAUCACAAUCCUAGUUGCCCAAAAUAUUAGUCCUUGACUUUGAAACCUUCAAGUCUUACAUUUGGGACUAAUUGUUUCAAUUCAUAUAAUUUUCUAUGUUAUCUAUUAACUUACUACAAGAAAAUCUUUUACCUCUCAAAAUCCUAUGGCAGGAUCAUAUUCUUUGGCUUUCCUUCUCUUCUGCUUUGUCUUCUCCCCAGUUUUUGCUCAACCUCAGCCCACAAGUUUCAUCUUGAAUGGUUUUAAUAGAAGUGAAUCAAAGCUUACCCUUGAAGGAGGUUCAAUUAUUAGGCCCAGUGGCGCUCUAAAACUCACGAACAAAUCACAUGAUACUAUAGGCCAUGCUUUCUAUUCAGAACCAAUACAAAUGCUGGACAAGAAGUCUUCACCUUCUCCGAAUGCUUCUUCUUUCAGCACAACUUUUGUAUUUGCUAUUGUACCUCCAAGCUCAGGGCGAGGAGGCCAUGGCCUUGCUUUCACGUUAUCCCCAUCCAAGCAGUUCCCUGGAGCUGCAGCAGGGCAUUACAUGGGAAUAUUCAACUCAAAUACCGAUGCUUUACCCUCCAACCAUAUUUUUGCAGUGGAAUUCGAUACUGUAAAUGGAUUCAACGACGAUUCAGACAGUGAAGGAAAUCACGUUGGGGUUAACAUCAAUAGCAUGUAUUCAAAAGCGAUGGAACCGGCCUCUUAUUAUCUCAAUAACACAGAGCGAAACGAGGAAAUCAAAUUGGAGAGCGGUGAUCCCAUCCAUGCCUGGAUUGAAUACGACGGAAGUUUUGUGAAUGUUACAAUCUCUCCCUUGAAUCGAGAUAAACCCUCUAAACCUCUCAUUUCCUAUCCCAUUGGCUUAACACCUUUUGUUGAGGAAACCAUGUACGUUGGCUUCUCAGCAUCCACGGGGAAAAUGCCAAGCUCACAUUUCAUCUUAGGAUGGAGUUUUUCUACUAACGGAGAGGCUUCCCAACUCAAUAUUUCCCAACUUCCUGUGCCACCGCCAAAUGAAAAGAACGGAUCUUCUUUUGAUCCUCUAAUCAUUGGUCUUAUUGUUGCUUUAUCCACCGUGACAGUUCUAUUGUUGGGAAUAUUGAUCUAUUUUACGUUGUACAAAAGGAAUGGCAAAUCUGAGGAUCUUGAAGAUUGGGAAUUAGAAUGUCCUCACAGGUUCCGGUACAAAGAUCUUUAUGCAGCAACUAGGGGUUUCAAACAGAGUGAGAUUAUUGGAGUUGGAGGAUUUGGUGCGGUCUACAAAGGUGUGUUGCCAACAACUGGAACUGAAGUUGCUGUUAAAAAGAUAAAUCGGAAUUCAAUCCAAGGUCCGAGAGAAUUUGCAGCGGAGAUCGAAAGCCUAGGAAGAUUAAGGCACAAGAAUUUGGUUAAUCUCCAAGGUUGGUGUAAGCAAAAGAAUGAUCUUCUUCUAAUCUAUGAUUACAUUCCGAAUGGAAGCCUUCAUUCUCUUCUCUUCAAUCAGAAACAAGGCUUUGUGUUAAGCUGGGAACAAAGGUUCAAUAUCAUUAAAGGAAUUGCUGCUGGACUACUGUAUCUUCAUGAAGAGUGGGAGCUGGUUGUAAUCCACAGAGACGUGAAGUCUAGCAAUGUCCUAAUAGAUGCUGAAAUGAAUGCGCGAUUGGGGGACUUUGGUCUUGCAAGAUUGUAUGAUCAUGGUACAGAUUCACACACGACAAAUAUUGUGGGCACAGUUGGAUAUAUUGCACCUGAAUUUGCUCGCAAUGGUAAGGCCUCUACUAGCUCAGACGUUUUUGCAUAUGGAGUUUUGCUCCUUGAAGUAGUUUCUGGUAAAAAGCCAGUUGAUUCAAGAAAUUUCUUCUUGGUAGAUUGGGUUAUAGAGUGCCACCAAAUGGGUCAAAUACUUGAUACAACGGACCCUAAGUUGAACUCGAGUUAUGUGAUAGAAGAGGUGAAGUUGGUUCUGCUAUUGGGUCUUCUGUGUUCUCAUCCGAAGCCCGAAGUUAGGCCUAGCAUGAGAAAAGUCGUGCGGUACCUCAACGGGGAUGAUCAGCUUCCUUCAAUUGAUAACUGGGACUCCUUUGGUGCUCGAGAUGGAACGUACUCAAAGUUCUUGGAAAUAAUUUCUUUUGAUAGCAUCACAAAAUCUUAUCGAUCAUCUUCCACGGGUGGCAUCACUUCCAAUUCCAUCUGCACUGGCAGAUAGAUUCAAGAUUCAGAUCCUUUUUUUUUCUCACUGUGCCCCUGCUCUUUCCUUUUUUUUUUAAAUUCUCUUGUUGUCCUUAGAUUAGAUUAUAAUGAACGAUUAGAUUAUAUCCUACCACCU